GAAGGCACAAGACUAAUUCACUCACUGCAUUUCCACCUGUCGGCACAUGCGCGUAACUAACGAAUCUUUAAUCUACUCUGGUUUUGUGCAUUUACAUACACUUUUUUGUUUCUUCCAGGCCACUAAUCCGGGUCGUUUAUUCGACGAGGAAAAUAUAGCCUACCUUGUAAAAAAAUAUGCACUAGUCAUUCAUGAGAAGAAGGCAAUGUAAGGAAUAACAAAUCCGAAAAUGUAAGGUAAAACAUGAGUGUAGCCUAGCCUACACAUUGACAUUCAAUGACAUAUUUCAAGGAGUACCUGUCACACAGAAAACUGCAUGGCAUUGCUAAAUAAACCUAUGUCUUCCAUAAAUGCUGACGGGUUAAGCCGACUGAGUUCCACCGAUGACCGACUGGACCGAGUGUGGGAACUUCGAAGUGUCAAAAAGUUUUGACGUGAUGAUCCUACCUGAAGCAACUCUCCGGUUUCAUUCAAGACACUACCGCGUCAGCAACAGCUGUCUUGGAGCCUGCACUAGCCUCCAAAAGGAGAGAAUUAAGUCUUCAGUAAAAGGCUUGAAGGAAGGCGAAUUUCUGUGGAGUUUGAGUUCUGUGGAAAUCUAUUUAUUUUCCUGGGCAAGCUCACUCUUGACUAGAGAGAUUCUGGUGUGGUGGUAUCUCUUCGCAAUGCGAAGAUGGCACCCCUGCUCCCUCCCACAGGCGCUGAUGCGUUCCGCCGCUUCACCCCGGAAUCCCUGGCAGAGAUCGAGAGGCUCAUGGAGGAAAAGAGAAUAGCCGCGGAAGUAGAGGGGUACGUAGGUGAUGGGCCGUCGGAGCCCAGCAAAGACCUGGAAGCCGGCAAGAGUCUGCCCAUGAUCUUUGGAGACGCCCCAACGGAGAUGCUUAACACACCACUGGAGGACAUAGACCCCUUCUACAAAGCACAGAAGACCUUUAUCGUGAUCACCAAAGGAAACACAAUCUUCAGGUUCAAUGCUGAAUCAGCUUGCUACAUUCUAAGCCCCUUCAAUCAUCUUAGAAGAGGAGCCAUUAAAAUUCUCAUACAUUCGUUAUUUAGCAUGUUCAUCAUGAUUACCAUUCUGUCGAACUGCUUUUUUAUGACGAUGAGCGACCCACCGUCAUGGAGUAAAACUGUUGAGUAUGUUUUUACUGGUAUUUAUACCUUUGAGGCCUCAUGCAAAGUGUUGUCAAGAGGCUUUGUUGUCGGCCCUUUCACAUUCCUUCGAGAUCCAUGGAAUUGGCUGGAUUUCAUGGUGAUCAGCAUGGCGUACGUCACUGAGUUUGUUGAUCUAGGCAACGUGUCAGCCCUUAGGACGUUCCGUGUACUCCGAGCCCUUAAAACCAUCACUGUGAUUCCUGGAUUAAAAACCAUCGUGGGCGCCCUGGUCCAGUCAGUAAAGAAAAUGGUAGACGUGAUGAUCCUCACUGUGUUCGCCCUGGCCGUGUUUGCGCUCAUCGGCCUGCAACUCUUCAUGGGGAACUUGCGCAACAAGUGUGUCCGGUGGCCCAUCCUCAACUCAACGGUGUUCGACGAUUACAACUUCACCUCGUCGCUUGACGGCACCAUGGGUUUCGGCGAAACGUCAAAUUCCACUGUUCCCGUCGAUUUCAAGGAGUACAUCAGCAAUAUAGAGAACCACUACUAUUUGGAAGGUAGUCUGGAUGCUCUUCUCUGCGGAAACAGCUCUGAUGCUGGGAAGUGCCCAGAAGGAUUCACGUGCAUAAAGGCUGGGAGAAACCCCAACUACGGCUACACCAGCUACGACUCCUUCGGCUGGGCCUUCUUGUCCCUCUUCAGACUCAUGACGCAGGACUACUGGGAGAACCUGUUCCAACUGACACUUCGAGCAGCGGGGAAGACGUACAUGAUCUUCUUUGUGCUGGUCAUCUUCCUGGGUUCCUUCUACCUCAUCAACCUCAUCCUGGCCGUGGUUGCCAUGGCCUACGACGAGCAGAACGAGGCCACUCUGAAAGAGGCGCAGGAUAAGGAGGAGGAGUUUCAGAGGCUUCUGGAGCAAUACAGGAUCCAAGCUCAGGAGCAAGCUGAUGCUGCUGAUGGAAGUCAGGCGACCCUGACAAGUCGGAAAGAGCUUAGUCAGCACUCUGGGUCAUACGGGGGCUCUGCGGAUGACGAGCAGAGCCUCGGAGAUGAUGUUAUCAAGGACUGUAAUGGGAGAAUCGUGCCCCGUCUGGCCAUCGCUCCAGUGUCCUCUGAGUCGGAGUCGGUUCCAGAGGACGAGCUCAAAGAGGACAGCAUGUUCCAUCUGGAGCAGCCAGGCCUGAAGAACAGAUCGGCGAGUGCUGUUAGUGUUCUCACCACCGUCAUGGAGGAGCUGGAAGAUGCCCAGAAGCCUUGUCCACCCGGCUGGUACAAGUUUGCCGACAUCUUCCUGAAGUGGGACUGUUGCGUGCCCUGGGUAUGGUUGAAGAAGUGGUUGCUCUUUAUUGUGAUGGACCCCUUCGUGGACCUAGGCAUCACCAUCUGCAUCGUGCUCAACACCCUCUUCAUGGCCAUGGAGCACUACCCCAUGAGCCCAGAGUUUGACCACAUGCUCUCCGUGGGGAACCUGGUUUUCACUGGGAUCUUCACAGCAGAGAUGGUCUUCAAGCUUUGCGCCAUGGAUCCGUAUUACUACUUCCAGGUCGGCUGGAACAUUUUUGACAGUAUCAUUGUCACGUUCAGUCUGGUGGAGUUAGGUCUAGCCAAUGUCCAAGGCCUGUCCGUUCUCAGGUCUUUCCGUUUGCUGCGUGUCUUCAAACUAGCCAAGUCGUGGCCCACGCUCAACAUGCUGAUCAAGAUUAUUGGCAACUCUGUGGGCGCUCUGGGCAACCUGACCUUGGUGCUGGCCAUCAUCGUCUUCAUCUUCGCCGUGGUGGGCAUGCAGCUCUUUGGCAAGAGCUACAAGGAAUGCGUGUGUAAGAUUGCCACCGACUGCGAGUUGCCACGUUGGCACAUGCACGACUUCUUCCACUCAUUCCUCAUCGUGUUUCGCAUCCUGUGCGGGGAGUGGAUCGAGACCAUGUGGGACUGUAUGGAGGUGGCCGGAGCCGGGAUGUGCCUGGUGGUCUUCAUGAUGGUCAUGGUCAUCGGAAACCUGGUGGUGCUGAACCUCUUCCUGGCCUUGCUGCUCAGCUCAUUCAGUGGAGACAACCUGUCCAGUGAUGACGACGGUGAGAUGAACAACCUCCAGAUCGCCAUCGGCAGGAUCACCUGGGGCAUCGACUGGGUGAAAGCCUCUGUCCGCCACAUGGUCCUGCAGCUACUGGGCAAAAAGGCCACCGGGGACAAGGAAGGGGGUGAGGGGAUGGAAGGAAACCCCGAAAAGGAGACCUUUGCACUAAACCACUUAGACACGUGCCAGGAUUCCAAGAUGGCUGACGGGAUGACCAACUGUGUGGACGGAAUUCAGGCAGAUGGCGAGAUGAGCCUCAAUGUGCCCAUUGCCCAGGGGGAGACUGAUUUUGAGAACGAUGAUGACUACAGUGGGUCUUUUACAUCAGAUGAAGAAAAUGGACAAGGUGAUCACUUGAAGUUGUUGGGUGCAGUGGGUGACGAGUCCUCGGUGUGCAGCACGGUGGACUAUGUACCUGAACCAGAGCCUGUGGAAGAGGAGGAAGAGGAGGAGCCAGAGCCAGAGGAACCAGAAGCUUGCUUCACUGAUGGCUGUAUCGCUCGAUGGCCGUGUCUGACAUUUGACGUCUCUCAGGGCAGAGGCAAGAAGUGGUGGAACCUCCGCAGGACCUGUUUCACCAUUGUGGAACACGACUACUUUGAGACCUUCAUAGUCUUCAUGAUCCUCCUAAGCAGUGGAGCUCUGGCUUUUGAGGAUAUUUACAUUGAGAGGAGAAGAACUAUCAAAAUCAUCCUGGAGUAUGCAGACAAAGUCUUCACCUAUGUCUUUAUCAUUGAGAUGCUCUUAAAAUGGGUGGCGUACGGCUUCAAGACCUACUUCACCAACGCUUGGUGUUGGCUGGACUUCCUAAUUGUGGAUGUUUCCUUAGUCACUUUAGGAGCUAACUGGAUGGGCUACUCUGAACUUGGACCAAUCAAGUCUCUUAGAACACUCAGGGCUCUAAGGCCACUUCGAGCCCUGUCAAGAUUUGAGGGAAUGAGGGUGGUGGUAAACGCUCUUGUCGGCGCCAUCCCCUCCAUCUUCAACGUGCUGCUGGUGUGCCUCAUCUUCUGGCUCAUCUUCAGCAUCAUGGGGGUCAACCUGUUUGCCGGAAAGUUCUACCGCUGCAUCAACACCACCACGGAGGAGCUGUUCCCCAUCACCGAGGUCAACAACAGGAGCGACUGCCUUGCCCUGCAGCACGCCACCCAGGAAGCCCGCUGGGUCAACGUCAAAGUCAACUACGACAACGUGGGCUUGGGCUACCUCUCUCUGCUGCAAGUGGCCACAUUUAAAGGCUGGAUGGACAUCAUGUAUGCUGCUGUGGACUCUCGAGAAGUGGAGGAGCAGCCCUCGUAUGAGAUCAACCUCUACAUGUACAUCUACUUUGUCAUCUUCAUCAUCUUCGGCUCCUUCUUCACCCUCAAUCUUUUCAUUGGUGUCAUUAUUGACAAUUUCAACCAGCAAAAGAAAAAGUUUGGUGACGACAUCUUUAUGACAGAGGAGCAGAAGAAAUAUCAUGAAGCCAUGAAGAAACUUGGCUCGAAGAAGCCAGUGAAGCCUAUCCCAAGGCCUACGAACAUGAUUCAAGGCGCUGUGUUUGACUUCAUCACUCAGCAGUUCUUUGACAUCUUCAUCAUGGUCCUCAUCUGCCUCAACAUGGUCACCAUGAUGGUGGAGACGGACGACCAAAGCGCAGAGAAGGAAAAUGUCCUUUACAAGAUCAACCUGGCCUUCAUCGUCGUUUUCACCGGCGAGUGUCUGCUCAAGAUGUUUGCCCUUCGCCAUUACUUCUUCACCAUCGGAUGGAAUAUUUUUGAUUUUGUCGUGGUCAUCCUGUCCGUCGCGGGUAUAAUGCUGUCGGACAUCAUAGAGAAGUACUUUGUGUCACCCACCUUGUUUAGGGUCAUCAGGCUGGCUAGGAUAGGCAGGGUCCUGCGUCUCAUCAAAGGUGCCAAGGGCAUAAGGACGCUGUUAUUUGCGUUGAUGAUGUCACUCCCUGCCCUGUUCAACAUCGGCCUCCUGCUCUUCCUCAUCAUGUUCAUCUUCUCCAUAUUCGGCAUGUCCAACUUUGCCUACGUCAAAAAACAGGCGGGCAUCGACGACAUCUUCAAUUUCCAGACGUUCGGCAGCAGUAUUAUCUGCCUGUUUGAGAUCACCACCUCUGCGGGUUGGGAUGGUCUUCUGCUGCCAAUUCUAAACAGCGGUCCUCCAGACUGCGACCCAGACAUUGAGAACCCAGGCUCGGAUGUUCGGGGCAACUGCGGCAACCCAGGCAUGGGUAUCAUGUUCUUUUGCAGUUACAUCAUCAUGUCCUUCCUGGUGGUGGUCAACAUGUACAUCGCCAUCAUCCUGGAGAACUUCAACACGGCCCAAGAGGAGAGCGGGGACCUGCUGUGCGAGGAUGACUUUGUGAUGUUCGACGAGACCUGGGAGAAGUUCGACCUUGAGGGCACGCAGUUCAUCGAAUACGCCAAGCUGUCAGAGUUUUGUGACACCCUGCAGGAACCCCUGCGUAUCGCCAAGCCCAACCGGAUCAAGCUGAUCUCGAUGGACCUGCCCCUGGUCACGGGCGAUAAGAUUCACUGCCUGGACAUCCUGCUGGCUGUCACCCAGGAGGUGCUGGGCGAAGGGGUGGAGAUGACGGCCAUGAAGGUGAGCAUCGAGGCCAAGUUCAACAUGAACAACCCCACGACUGACUCCUACGAGCCCAUCACCACCACGCUGCGGCGCAAGGAGGAGGAGGCAGCAGCCGUGAUCAUCCAGCGGGCUUACCGCAAGCACCUUCUCAAGCGCUCCAUCCUGCAUGCCUCCUUCAUGCGCCGCUCCAAGAGGCAGAAAAGGCGGGAGGAGAACGAGGAGCCCCCGGAGACGGAGGGACUUCUGGUGCGAAAGAUGAACGUGCUCUAUGGGAGCGACCUGGACCUUGCCGCAGAGAUGGAAUUGGCUGGGUUGCAUGCGCAACCCAUAUCGGUCCCUCUGGUGUCCAAUCGGCCAUCGGACCUCCCCAAGCAAACCCAGACCACCAGGCUGGAGCCUGGCAGACCACUCCUCUUGGUGGUCCCCGUUGAGGUCACCAGUGAGGUGGUGUUACACUCAGCCCCUGUGGCGUCUGACCCAUUGGACCUCCCCGAGCAAACACAACCAUCGGGGUCGGAGCCCACAGGGCUGGAACCUACCUGGCCGGAGCCUGCUGGGCCAAACCUCUUGGUGGUCCCCGUAGAGGUCACCCCCUAUUUGUGUAGCCGUGAGUCAAUAGACAGCCUGCGAGAGUCGAUUGUAUAACAAAAAGCACUUGAGGGAAUUCACCAUGGUCUUCCUAUUGUAUUUUUCACCGAUUUGGCGAGUAAUUUUAUGUGUUGGGAGUGUCGCCAAUUUAGUUGACGCUUCCACAUAGCACUACUAUGAAGUGAUUACAAGUAGCUGAUGGUUUAGGUAUAAUAAUUAAAGUCAAGUUUAUUGAUCGUAAUAGGGGGUCUCGUUUUCUAUUUUUGUAAGGCCAUUUCUAGAAUUGAUCUAUAUUUGACCACUGGACAGUAUUCUAUUUUAUACCUACAAACAAUUCACAAUCUCACAAAAUAUAAAAUGUUUGAUAAUUAGUAUCCAUACAUAUCCCAUAGGAAUUGGGCAUGUUUUUGACAGUGAACAUUACCCACAUCUAAUUGUUUUGAAGGAAUGCCUAAAUGCCUUUAUUGCCACAAAAACAUUUCAUACUCGGAUCAUGCCUUAUUUUGACAUUUUGGAAUCACCUUAUUUUGGGGGGGAAAAUCACCCAGAUUCACCUGUGCCUACUACUCCAGUAUGCCAAAGUGGAAUUAUGUUUUUCAAUUUAUUUAUUUUUACAAAUGAAUUAAAAAUGAAAAGCUGAAAUGUCUUCAGUCAAUAAGUAACUUCUUCAUUAUGGCAAGCCUAAAUACGUUCAGGAGUAAAAAUGUGUCAAAAGUCAUCAAAUAUGUUGCAUGGACUGUGUAAUAAUAGUUUAACAGGAUUUUUUGGGAUGACUACCCCAUCUCUGUACCCCACACAUACAAUUAUCUGUAAGGUCCCUCAGUCGAGCAGUGAAUUUCAAACACAGAUUCAACCACGAAGACCAGGGAGUUUUUCCAAUACCUUGCAAAGAAGGGCACCUAUUGGUAGAUGGGUAAUAAAAUGUAAAGCGGACAUUGAAUAUCCUUUUGUGCAUGAUGAAGAUUUUAAUUCCACUUUGGAUGGUGCAUCAAUACCCCCAGUCACUACAAAGAUACAGGUGUCCUUCCUAACCACUCUGGGAUUUCACCAUAAGGCCAAUGGUGACUUUAAAACAGUUAGAGUUUAAUGGCUGUGAUAGGACAAAACUGAGGAUGGAUCAACAACAUUGUUACUCCACAAUACUAACUUAAUUGACAGAGUGAAGAGAAGAAAGCCUUUACAGAAUACAAGUAUUCCAAGACAUGCAUCCUUUUUGCAACAAGGCACAAAAGUAAUACUGAAAACAUUGUGGCAAAGCAAUUCACUUGUUGUCAUGAAUACAAAGUGUUAUGUUUGGGGCAAAUCCAAUACAACACAUUACUGAGUACCACUCCAAAUGUUCAAACAUAGUGGUGGCUGCAUCAUGUUAUGGGUAUCCUUGUAAUCAUUAAGGACUGGAGAGUUUUUCAGGAUGAAAAAGAAACUGAAUGAAGCUAUGCACCAGCCUAAUCCUAGAGGAAAACCUAGUUCAGUCUGCUUUCCACCAGGCACUGGGGG